UGUGUUGGGGGUUUUGGUGAUCUGGUGAAGCAGGAAGUGGAGGCUGGUCGCAGCAGCGCGGCUCUCAGACGGUCCCCUCCUGCGGAUGCUGCCGCAGCUCAUCAUGGUUCCGCUGUGGGUCUUCCUCCCGGUGCUUCUGGUCCGCGCUGAGGCGCAGAACCUGACGGAGGUCAGGGUGGAGCUGGGUCAGCGUGUCCUCCUGAACUGCUCCGUGAACACUUCGGACAUCUACUGGUACAUGGAGAUCCACGGCCGGCUCAGAGUCUGCCUCCUCCGCACGUUCAGCUUCGGGUCCGGGUCCAAGGUCUACAUCUCUCCUGGAGGGAAAUACGCGUCCGUGAAGACAAACAGCCUGCAGGUGGAGAACAUCACGGCGGAGGACUGCAGGCUGUAUUUCUGUGCCAGGAGGCUCAACAACAAAGUUGUGUUUGAAGAGGUUUUCCGCAUCGUCUCAGAUGUUCCGAUCACUCCGAUCACUCCGAUCACCAGCUUCUCCGACGUGAACGACUCACAGCAGCAGCACACCUGGAAAUUCUAUCAGAGUGAGCCGGUCGUCCUCAGCUCGUUGGCCCUGAACGUCGUCCUCCUCCUCUUCGUCCUCACAGGUUUGGCUUUUACAUGUUUGUGUUUGAAGAACAAGAAGUGCAUCUACCAGGUGCAUGAGCCUCCACCCUUCACCUGUGAGAGCCCACGGCAGCAGGAAGCAGUGCAGUACGAGGAGAUCCAGCUCCCCACCUACAGAGCCCCCCAGCCCGCUGCGCCUCCUUUAGAGUGUAUUUACUACAAAGCUCAGCUUCCUCGACCCACCUGGACUGUUCCUGAACACCUGGACUGUUCCUGAACAGCUGGACUGUUCCUGGACACCUGGACUGUUCCUGAACACCUGGACUGCUCCUGAACACCUGGACUGUUCCUGAACAGCUGGACUGUUCCUGAACACCUGGACUGUUCCUGAACACCUGGACUGUUCCUGAACAGCUGGACUGUUCCUGGACACCUGGACUGUUCCUGAACACCUGGACUGCUCCUGAACACCUGGACUGUUCCUGAACAGCUGGACUGUUCCUGGACACCUGGACUGUUCCUGAACACCUGGACGGUUCCUGAACACCUGGACUGUUCCUGAACAGCUGGACUGUUCCUGAACACCUGGACUGUUCCUGGCCAGUGGUCCGCUCACCUGUUGUAUUUAUAUCAGACAUUCAAAGUGUUGGAAAGCAGAAACGAGAAGCCGUCCCAGGACUUCUUUUGUCUGACUGUGCAGGUCCAUUGUGGACUUGAGGGUCGCUUUUAUGUACGUUGCUGAGCUACGAUCGUUUCCAUCCCAUCCAGCGAGCUCAGAGGGAGCACACCUGGCCAGGACCAGGUUUAAGGUGGCUGAAGAGUUAAUGAAUAAUGUGGCUGCGCUGUUUUUAAACUUUGUCUCGUGUGUGUAUUCGUUGCACAUGUAUUGCACAACGGUCUGGUUGUUUGCCUUCAUGAAUUCAUGAACAUAAGAACAAACCUGCCAGUUGUGGAGCAACAGCAUUUGUCUAAAUUUGGAAAAUGAGAAGUUGUUCUGAUGUCGUUUGUUCAUGCAAAGGUUUUGAAACUUUUAUCAGAUCUAAAAACAGUUUUUAGACGCUGCAGUUUUACAUUCAGCACAUCCAGACCGACAGAAACUGGAUGUUUCAGUCGCUCUUUGGUUACUUCCUGCUUUUUGUUGCAAGAUGCUGUCGUUUCUGACUUUGUGUAUUUUGGAAAAUAAAGACUCUGCAUGGCGCUGAUAGCUUUCAGCCAGCAAACACUAAUCUAAGUCCUCGUAUCUGUGUUACCCUGCAGGAUCACACCUUUGCUAAAAACCUGCCACUGUGCUGCCACGUCACUGAAAGCUCACAAAGUCAGUUUCUGAUGUUCAUCAGACGUCGUUCCGUUUCAGAAACGCAGAGUUUCAAACCUGUUGUGAUGCGUUCAAGCUCUUCUUCAUGUGUGAUUCUGGUAGUUUUAAUGUAAACAACUUCAACCAGUCCACCAAGUCCAAGUCCAGCAGCUGGAGUUUGUUUCGUAGAAAAUGCGGAUUGUUGUGGUUCUUCCAGGAUCUAGAGGAGCCGCCUCAGCUCUUUGAAUCCUUCUUUUCACUGAUGUGCAUUACACUUCCUUCAAGGCUUCAGACUCUGUUUGGUAAAAUGGUUUCUGUUUUGACUCGAGCAGAUUCUUCAGGGGAAAUUCCUGAACUCUGUUUUCUCUCAAGAAAUCCGUCAGAAAGAAAUGAACUUUUGAAACCUGCUAAAACCUUCUUCUCUGUCGGUCUUUGUUUCUCAGUGCACAGUCGACCUCUGUAACAAACGUUUGGAUCAGUAACUGUUCAAAAGCUUCUGGAUGUGAGAGAUGAAGCCUGAAAACUCAUGGCAGCCAUUGUCGGACGACAGUUUUUUAUCCUUCCUUAAAUGCAUCAGAAGUCGGAGUCGUCUGCGUAUGGAGAGACUCACUGUAACUGUAGCAUCACAAGUCAAAGUGCUCAUGCAGAAAUACAAGAAGCUCAGAGCCACAAACAUGGAGGGAUGCUCUCUGUGACGGCGAUGAAGAGGUUUGACAGGCUGUGUGUUACCGCUGCGCUGUGGGAGGAAAGUGUCAGCGUAUGAUUCAAUCUGCUGUGUGGUGAGCUGCACUCAUUAUGCAGCAGCUAACGCUAACCAGCUGUACGGUUUCCCCUCACUGAAAUAUUCACACUCGUGUUUUAUGGCUGGACCAUAU